AUGGGUUUGCAGCCGAUGCGAGUGAAUGGCUGGAAUCUUAAUUCCAAAACAUUUCCAGAUGAUACCGAGUAUCCCGGUAUCAAUGACGGGGAGAAUGGAUCCACAGCUGAGGUUCUAGAAUGUGCCACAUCGCCUUUAGAUUUGUUGCUAUUCAUUUUACGUAGGAGCUUGGGGGUCCAUAUCGCGAAGAAGGGUAAUCCGUACUUCGACCAGCAUUUGAACGAGCGUGUCCACCCGAUGCAUCAGAAGCAGAGAGAGCAAGGCAAGGACGUGAUUUGCGAGGAGGUUUUGGAGAAGGAAAUUAAGCAAAACAAGUCGAUCAAGGACCAAGAAAUCGGGAGGUGUAUUGGAUUGCUGACUGCGCGCAUGCUGUGCCCGCAUUCUCGACAGCUAUCUGAUCAAUGGGCAACUACGAUUGUCGAUGCUGUUCUCGCCGAAUCUGCAUUUUUUUUUGGACAACUCGGAUGCCAAGGCGGAUACAGAUCGCGCGUGGAAGGUGGGACCAGUCGUGGAGAUCAUGAAGCGGACAUUUUUAGCAGGGUACUACGUGCCAUCAUGUUCGCGCGUUCGACGAAGCAGCCAUCCCGUCACGAAGCCGCUUCAACGUCUUGCGGCAGUUUUUGA